CACACACACACACACACACACACACACACACAAACAUACCUCUUACCCCCUUCCCCACACACACCUGAAAGCCAAAACACCGCGAGGUAUGAUUUAAAAAUCCCUGUUGAUCCUAAAGUUACAAUGUCAAUAUCAUGAAGAUUACUUUUACUAUUCUCCCAACUGACUUUCUCUCUCUCUAUAAUAUGUGUGUUGUUUCAUCAUUUGAUCAACCGUCAAAUGUAAAGACGUGAGAUUCAAGGAAAACGUCAUGUCCUACACGCAAGAACACCGAGACCAGCUGGAAUCACGAGGCUGGACGGUGGUGCCGGCUGUUGUCUCCGAGGCAGACUGUGAUAGGCAUCAAGCUGAUUUUAGGAAAUGGCUUAGCGGCUUUACCCAAUGGCCUCAAAGUCGUAGUUCUAUGAUCUGGAGAUACAAAUCAGGACACCUUGCACCAGCCUGGGAAGUGAGACUAGCAGCCAAGGACACAUUUGCUCAGAUCUGGGGUACAACAGGUCUCUUGAGCAGUAUGGACGGGAUUGCCAUCGGUCGGGCGCCGGAACAUUCGAAUGAUGAAGCGUUUUGGGAAGCACGACAAGACAAGUUUCGUUCAGAACAGACAGCCGAAAGAGAAGGUCUACACGCAUACCAGGGAAUGGUCAACUUGGAGCAUUGCGAAGCAGAUGACUGGACGUACGAAGUCUUGGAGGGCUCGCACAAACAUUAUGACAACUUCAUGGAGAGUAGCCAACAAUGGCACUGCACUUGUCUAAAGCCUGAGCACAUCGCCUGGUUUGAGGAGAAAGGUUGCUCCCGCAAACGAGUGGCGUGUCCGAAAGGUGGCAUGCUCGUGUGUGAUGCAAGACUUUUCCGGGCAAACGCAAGACCAACCCGUGGACGUGCCAACCCCGGAAGAUGGCGGUUCCUGAUUUUCGUGUGUAUGACUCCAGCCUCGUGGGCCACUGACUCCGACCUAGCGGUGAAAAGAAAGGCGUACGAGAAUCUCAUGCUCACCAAACACUGGCCAUCGCAGAAAAUCGAACUAUUUAGAACAGACAUCUACAGUAAACAAGCAAGCGAUCCGUACCCAGAAUUCACUUUACCGGAAGUGGCCUGUACAGGCAAGGCAAAGAAGUUGGCGGGUGUCAUGGCGUACAGUGAUAAUGAAGAAGACCCAGAAUUUCGCCCCACUUGGAAUGAGGACAAAUGGGGUGCCUUUAUUGAUGAAGAAAAAUUGAAAAAUCUGGCUAUAUCUCAAAGAAAGUUAAAAAAAGAUACAGGACAGGAAGCCGAAUAAUUUGCGUUGUGAAGUCUCCAGCAGAUGUUUCCUAUCAAUAUUGCAAUACAUGUAUAACUUAUAAGCAUAGCCUACUUACAUGCUGCUAAAUGUAUGCAGGCCGAAAGCCUAGAUGCAGGCCCCUCUCUCAAGAAAAAGAAUUGGAGCCUUGCACAGUUGAUACUUAAUAAUAAUAUUAUGACUGUAACUGUUAUUUCUCUUUCCGAAGCGCACGAUGUGCGUGUGUGUUUGUGUGUACGGGGAGGUUGUCAGUUUCAGGAAAAGAAAAUGAAUGUCAUCGCCAUGCUUAGUUAAAAUGCAGGCCCAUAAAAACUUGGUAAUAUUAUUUUUGAAGAGUCUGGGUUUUUUACGUCACAAAGUGAUUGUGGUAUAUCAUUUAGGCUCAGGUUGUGGUCUGAACGUACACACAGCCUGUUCUGGCUGGAAGUGUUGGAACUGCUCACCGUCUUAACGAGCCAAGUUAAGCUGAUAAGGCGUAACACAUUUAUGAUCAAAUUAUUUUACGUCAAGUUUAUUUUAGACAGUAUCUUUAGGAAAUGAACAGCCUCAUUUCACUUUCAGACUAAUUAAGGCCAGCUCCCAGGAAUCACAGCGCUGGCAGCAUAAAGUGUAGUGUUUUUGCAAGAGGCAAAAUCAACACGGAGAAGGUGAAGGAGUUCACGUAGUCCAUAGUAUUAAAGACUUAUUCUUAACUCGUCCAUUUUUUAUCGAGUACUUUCACAAUUAUUUGGCUUACUUUUUUCUUCUCCCACAUAUGCAUUGGGUAAUAGACUCUCAUUCUUAUUAAAGUUAUCAAACGCGAUAAAGAACAUAACUGACAAUGACAUGUUUGCUCACUAUUUUAACUGGCUAUCUCAAUCUUAUCAAAGAUCUCGAAUAACAAACAUAGUAGGUCACUCAUUUCUAUAACAGUAAAAUUAAUUUAUUUUCCUACCUUGAUUAGGCUGUGUAAGGUCUUUCCUGUAAAAUAAAUACCCAUGUACAAUGUGUAAAAUAAAUACGCAAGUGCUUUAAAUGUAUUAUA